AUGACCGCGAGGUUCACUGCCCUCUGUGAAGAACUAAGUCGUUUACAGGUGCGUGCGUUACGUCGUGAUGGGAAUCCAUUAGAUAUCGCCGUGGAGGCUAUUCGAGCGAUUCGGAUCAACCGCGAUAGUAUCGAGCCUUUGCGGCAAAAUAUCCCGCAUGUGCCACUCUUCUUAAGGAGCUGCGCAACUCUUCUCAGUCGUUCGGUGACCUCUGAAGCGGACGAUGCUAUCGAAUCCACAGGAAGGCUCGCGGAGGUGUACGUUGGUGGCAAUCACGGCGAUGUUAAUGACUCGGCGGCGGUACUUCAGUCUUUGGUGCAGUUGUCUCGCGUUCGGUGCGAAAGAGCAGCAUGUGUUGGCGAUGCUGCCAAGGUGUUAUCCUCCUCGUUGAAACCGUUAGUGCCUGCGGCUCUGCAUAAUACCUUGCAGAAGUGGCAGCAACAUAAGGUGCGCCCACACACGUCAAGCCUCCUGUCGCUUUUGCGGGGAACAGACGCAGUGUAUGGUGGGAGCUUUCAGUUUACCCCGGUUGGGGCAGAUAUGAUGGGCUUGCUUCCUAUCAAAAGUAAGGUGCAAAUGGAAGCAAAAAUGCAAAAGUGCGAGCACUCACGCGAUAUUCUUCGAGCUCUGUGUGAAAUGCAAUUCUCAAAACUUGACGCAGGUAUAUGUUUGACCAGCCAAGCUGAAUGUGGGUUUUACCAGUCCGAGCUGUGUAAUAUUUGUUGUGAAGUUCUCUUCUCCACUCACGCACUGAUGACCAGUCAGCAGUUAGCACAGGUUGUCCACAGCCUCGGUGUUCUUCAGCAUCGACAUAUCCACCAAAAGUUCUUUUCGAGUCUGAUCGACUUCAAGAAUUGUAACGCAGAAGCGGUACGACAGCACAUAAUGGGGCUCGCCAUGCUUCGUCAGCCGCCACCCAAUGACCGUCGUUUGAUGGAUGGGGUAUUUCUGCAUGUCUUCCGCCCAACUGAUCCUCUUGAUUACGAUUCCUCACCAGAGGCUGCCCUUUCACCGGGAUGGUUCGUAGAUGUGGGUCACGCACUUACCUGUCUAGGAAUCACACAUCACAAAUAUCGUUUGACAAUGGCCCGAACGGUUCGGAGAAGUAUCGCUUCCAUGUCCACGCAGGAGCGCUGCAAGUUGUUGUAUGGUCUUGGUGGCGUCUCACUAGAUUCUGUGCCGGCGGAACUUCAGGGGUCAUGGAAGGGGAAAGUGAUUCGGACAAUUGAGGUAUUGGAGCAAAGACUUCGCAGCAAUGUUGAUCCGGUGGAUGGGCCGUCCGUUAUGCACGCACUGUUGUUUGCUGGUAUACGCGAACACCCAAUGAUUCCUCAGCAGCCUGACUUGGCGUCGAACGAGAAUCCGGUGGAAACUCUGCUCCGGACUUGGGCCACUUGCCCGAGGGAGCGUGUGUUAUACUUGACGGAACAAAUACGCCCCAGUCAUCUGGGGAGCGAUCCCGCGACGACAUUGUCACACGUCUGUGGUAUCAUAGCUAACAAUUGUGGUGGUGUGGGUACUGAUUCGUACCGUUUUGGGCCACUAUGUGAUGUUAUACGCACUCAUGGGGGUUCCAUGACUGUUGAUGAAGCAAUGAGCACGAUUGAGGCUAUCGAACGGAUGAAGGCGGGGGACCGAUUUAGUGGUGCUUUGGUCAGCCUUCUGGGAAGUUUGUGGAAUCAACGAGAGAGUAUGACACCAGAACAACGAAUGCGCUGUUGCCGCUUGUUGGAGAACGUGGGACACUUGGAAAUAGCGGUUAACCUUCUUGACUACAUUGUCUCUCAAUAG